UGCAAAAGGAAGCCCGGAUAGUAUGCAAUCCCAUUGCCUCCCCAUUUCUGAUGAACUCCAAAGUAAUGGACGACAGAAUACCCAAAAGGGCAAAUACUCUGAAUACAACCACCCAAUCUAAUAACUCCUCUGUUGUGGUACAUAAAUCAACCUAUUCUAAAUCAAAACCACCUUGCCCAGUCUGUGAGGAUGAAAUGCAUGGCAUAGCUAAGUGCCCUACCUUUGCAGAAAGAACUACUGAAGAUAAAAGGGCAUUUAUUCGGGAAAAUCAACUUUGCUUUGGCUGCCUGUGGAAGGGACAUGUCAUGAAGGAUUGCAAAAGGCGACACACAUGUAGUUCAUGUGGUCGACGUCAUCCGACCUGCCUGCAUGAAGAGAAGGGGGCUGCAGCUGUGGCAGCCUUGGAGCCAAAUCCUACUUCCACAGAAGAUGCCAGAGGUCAGGAAGCCCACAAUGCAUUGUCCCACGCUGUGACUCAAAGUUCUUCCUCCACUUCGAAUAUUGUACCUGUAUUUUUGUCAUCAGUGAAAGACCCAAAUAGAGAGCUACUCACCUACGCGUUACUCGACACGCAGAGUGACACAACGUUUAUUUUGGAAGAUAUGCUCAAAGAACUUAAUGUGAACGCAUCAUCUGUUCAAUUGAAGCUAAGCACAAUGACGGCUGUCAACACUGUCAUAGCAAGCAAGAUUGUCCAUGGUCUGCAAGUUAGAGGAAUUCACUCUGAAACCCAUGUUCAGCUACAUAAGGCUUACUCUAGGGAUUUCAUCCCAGUGGACAGAUCUCAUAUCCCGACCGCCAAGACAGCACUUCAGUGGCCACACUUGAGACAUCUGGCAGACAAACUUUCACCACUGCAAGACUGUGAAGUGGGACUGCUGAUUGGAUAUGAUUGUCCAUUAGCAUUAGCACCGUUGGAGGUCAUCAGAGGCGAUGGGAAUGAACCUUUUGCACAGAGAACCGAGCUUGGGUGGAGUAUAACAGGAUCCUCCAAUCCCCAUCUCGACAGACUGGGAAACCAGAGCUUUGUACAUAGAGUUGCAGUGAAGGAAAUGCCAACGCCAUCAGCCGCUGACGUUCUUAAAAUUCUUGAAUCAGACUUUAAUGAGAAGGGAGACGAAGACAGGUAUGUGUCACAGGACGAUGUCCGCUUCAUUCAACUCCUUAGUGACAACAUAAACCAGAGAGGAGAUGGACAUUAUGAGCUCCCCCUCCCCUUUAAGAGCAGUACUCCUCCCUCACUACCAAAUAACAAAAGGCUGGCUAUUGUUCGCCUGCAACAUUUAAGGAGAAAAUUAAAGAACAAUAAACAAUAUUAUGAUCAUUAUAAGGCCUUUAUGGAGGAAAUUAUCAGCAGAGGGGAUGCGGAGCCAGCCCCCCCCAUGGCUGAGGGAGAUGUUGUGUGGUACAUACCUCAUCAUGGUGUAUACCACCCGCAAAAACCAGACAAGUUAAGGGUAGUUUUUGAUUGCUCAGCAAAGUUUCGUGGAGUCUCCCUCAAUGACACACUCUUGACUGGUCCAGACCUAAUUAACUCACUGGUGGGAGUCCUUUGUCGCUUCCGGAAAGAGGCUGUGGCUGUGGUAUGUGAUGUUGAAAGGAUGUUUCACCAGUUUUUUGUUCCACCCAGAGUACGGAACUAUCUGAGGUUUCUAUGGUGGGAGCACGGAGAUUUGGAAACAGAACCCCAAGAAUACCAGAUGGCUGUUCAUCUUUUUGGGGCCGCCUCAUCGCCUGGCUGUGCCAACUUCGGUCUUAAGUAUUUAGCACAGCAACACAAAUCCGCUCAUCCUUCAGCCUCGGCCUUUGUCGAGAAGAACUUUUAUGUAGACGACGGCUUGACCAGUGUCUCUUCGAUCAAGGAAGCCAAGGACUUGAUUGUUGAAGCACAAAGAUUGUGCAAAAGGGGAGGUUUGCAUUUGCAUAAGUUCAACUCAAAUAUGCAGGAAGUUCUUGACUGUGUUGAUCCUUCAGAAAGGGCAGCAACUGCUAAAUCCUAUGAUCUCAGUCUAGAUGUGACACCAGUUGGGUGUGCACUUGGCAUUCAGUGGUCAUUAGAAGAUGACACCUUCAGUUUCAAUGUCAACUUCAAGGACCAACCAGCUACUCGCCGGGGUGUUCUCUCCGUUAUUGCCUCCCUGUACGACCCACUGGGCUUUGUCUCCCCUUUUGCCCUGCUUGGGAAGUGUAUUUUACAGGAGCUGUGCCGUAUGGGUAAGGGAUGGGAUGAGCCCCUUCCUGAGGAUGUAUACUUAAGGUGGGAGGAGUGGAAAAGUGGUCUCCAAAAACUGAGAGAAGUAAAGAUUCCCAGAUGCUAUCACCCAUACAACUUUGGUGACAUCAUGAGGAUAGAACUGCACCACUUCUCGGAUGCCAGUAAUGUUGGUUAUGGUGCAUGUUCCUAUGUUAGGUAUAUCAAUGACAGGAAUGAAAUCUACUGUAGCCUUGUGAUGGCUAAGGCAAGAGUAGCGCCCACAAAAAUGAUGAGCAUUCCAAGACUGGAACUUUCUGCUGCUGUAGUCUCUGCCAGAACAAGUGCCAUGUUGAAAACUGAACUGGAAAUGAAAAUUGAUGAGGAGUUCUUUUGGACUGACUCCCAAGUCGUGCUGGCAUACAUCCAUAAUGACUCAAGAAGGUUUCAUGUGUUUGUCGCAAAUCGCCUUCAAGUGAUAAAGGACAGAACAGAUCCCUGUCAGUGGCAUUAUGUUGACACAUUAGAGAAUCCAGCUGACCAUGCCUCCAGAGGCCUUCAUGUCUCCGACCUCUCUUCGACAACCUGGAUGUCAGGACCUAAAUUCCUGUGGGAGCAAGAAGUGAAACCUAGAUCUAACUUCUUCACUGAACUGCUGGUUGGGGACCCUGAAGUUAGAGCGGUUCAAGUGAAUGUAGCCACUACCACCACCAAUGACUUUAACAACAUGCUCGGCAGUUUGAGUCGAUUUUCAUCUUGGAUGAAACUCCUCAAGGUUGUUGCGAGAAUUAAGAGGCUGGCAUCCAAGCGAGGCCAUCACAGUAAUCAUGUGACUAUUGAAGAACGAGAAAGAGCGGCUGAGGCGGUCAUUAAGCUCGCUCAGCACCAAGCAUUCUCCCACGAGAUGAAAACACUUGAAAGAGGAGGUAGUCUCCCUAGUUCCAGCCCUCUUUUCCGCCUUGACCCUAUUGUGGAUAAGGGCCUUCUUCGGAUUGGUGGGAGGCUGAAGCAAUCAUCCCUCAGUCAAGAAUUAAAACACCCAGUCAUUCUUCCAAAAAACUCUCACAUUACUAAGCUCAUCAUGUCAUACUACCAUGACAGAAUUUGUCAUCAAGGCCGAGGCCAAACCCAAAUGGAGCUCAGAGCCAAUGGGUUCUGGCUUAUUGGUGGGAGUAAAUCUGUCGCCAAGCUGAUAUACAAUUGUGUGAAGUGUAGGAAACUUCGACGCCCAGUAGAGGAGCAACGUAUGGCUGAGCUUCCGAAGGAACGAGUCGAGAUGUCAGCUCCAUUUACAUAUUGUGGCAUGGAUGUGUUUGGCCCAUUCAUCAUCAAGAGAGCACGCAAGGAAUACAAGAGGUAUGGACUGAUCCUAACUUGCCUCUCUUCCCGAGCUGUUCAUAUUGAAAUGUUGGAGGAUCUGUCUACAGACACAUUUAUCAAUGCUUUGAGGUGUUUCAUUAGCCUUAGAGGAGCUGUACGUCAACUCCAUUGUGAUCAUGGCACAAACUUUGUAGGAGCCAGAAAUGAGCUCAGAGAGGCACUUAAGCAGUGUGACAUGACUCAACUUGAGGUUUACAUGGCAGAGAAACAAUGUGAGUUCAUCUUCAACGCCCCUGCAGCAAGCCAUGCGGGUGGUGUUUGGGAACGCCAAAUCCGGACUGUUAGAAAUGUAUUGAAUGCCACUCUUUCUCUCUGUCCUGGCAGACUUGAUGAUGCGUCACUUCGAACUUUGUUCUAUGAGGCCAUGGCCAUUGUUAACAGCCGCCCACUAAAUACAGAUGGAAUCAAUGAUCCCACAUCACUGGAGCCCUUGACACCCAACCAUCUCAUUCUGAUGAAAUCUAAAGUCGCUCUCCCACCUCCUGGAAAGUUUGUAAGGGAAGACAUGUAUGCAACAAAGCGGUGGCGGCGGGUGCAAUAUUUGAUUGAACAGUUUUGGAGUCGCUGGAGGAAGGAAUACCUCUUGAAUAUUACUAUACGACAGAAGUGGCAUGUGCCUCGGCGCAACCUUAAAGUUAAUGAUGUCAUCAUUAUCAAGGAUGAUUUUCUCCCCAGAAACCAGUGGCUGUUAGGACGAGUGGUUGAGCCUAUUCAAGGAGAGGAUGGCCUAGUGCGUAGGGUCAAAGUGCAAGUGGGAGAUCGAAAAUCAUCAGGGAAACUUUUAAUUGUUGAAAGACCUAUCCAGAAGUUAGUGCUCCUUUUAGAGGGUGAGUGACUUGGUGUAUUCUAUUAUCAUGCUAACCUGUUGGUAUUGGUGGUUUAAUGCAAGAAUGUUAAACUUAUGAACUUGAGCCUUUCAAAUUUUGCCACAUAAUAUGUAAAAAUCAUGUAUGAUUCUUGUGGUGUUAAAUUCAUCAUAACAUGAUUGGUGGGAGUGUGAAUAACGGUAAAUCCCCUGUGCCCCUUCUGUGUUUGUUGGGACUCCUCUUUUUUGUGUGUAAAAUGCAAAUAAAUUGUCUUUGACUGCCAACUAGUGGCCAGGGUUGGUAAGGGGAAGCUAUAUAAGGGAGGAGACUAACGCGCCCGGUAACCUGGCCUGUGCGCAUAUUCACCUGCGCAUCCAGCAUCUCAUCCUUUUGUCUCCAGUGGGUUGGUGCGGCGUGUGCUGCUGGGUUUUCUUUGUAUUGGCGAUUUUUUUUGAGUAAGUUUCUCUUUUUCUUUUUUCUUCUCUUCCUUUUUGGAUUAUGUAUUGUGCUUAUGUAUUGCUUUUGUGUCGAUUGGGUUUUUGCAGUCUGUUUAAGUUUGUUUCAUUGAUUGUUAGGAGGUAGAUGGGUUCACCGACUGGCGACUUCGGCCUUAAAGGAAAUUAGCCCCCUUGGUAGAGUGGAAUGAGGUAGGCUACGUUGAUGUAUUUCUAAGCUUUUACCCUUCAGCUCCAUGUCUGGUUGUAUUUUAUUUUGAAGGAUGCCGUGCACUCUAUUUUUUAUGCUUUGAUUGAGUUUAAGAGUGACGAAAUGUUUGUUUCAUGUUUUUAACCUAAAUUUCCUUUUUCUGUAUUUCCCCUUUGUAGUUUUCACGGUGCCAUGUCUAUUAAUAAAGUUAAGCACCCGUAAGGAAUCUCGUCACGUCAUUUAUUGAACCAAGGGUCCGCUACAACUGGUAACAUGUAAUCGAUGCUGACAAAGUAGGCCUAAGGUUUUGUGAUGUUUUGAGCAGAGGUGUUUAUCAUAACAGCGCCCUGUCAUUUAUUUUUCACAAUAUAAUGUACUUACCUCGCUAUAAUUCAGCAUAAAUAUGUCUGUCUAUAUCAAUAAUGUUUUAGUCAGUUUAGUCAAAAUUUGGGGCAGUGUUGUGUAAAUGAUACUGUUCUCCAGCUCCACAUUAGUCACAUGAUACAAAUGACUUAUGUUUUAUGCACUUGAAAGGGUUAGGCCAAGCUUACUUCUUAUCCACCUCUGCUUGUCCACUUACAUUUUGGUGAAAUGUUCACUUUUUUCCUUGGAUAGGUGCUCCUGUGGAAACUGUGCUACCAUGCCCACAGAAGCUGAGAAUAUCUGCUGUCUGGAGAUACCACAGGUAGUAUCGCCAUACCCAACGAGAAAACUGGAACGGGGAUGGCCAAUACUGCAUCUGUGUACGGUGCUGGGUCCACAAAGACUUUACGGCUGAGAGGAAUACACCAUUGUUACAGGUAUCCAGCAUAUCGCAGCUUCGUGAGCUGGUGCUGGGGCUUCCUGGGGCGCAGAAUCCGGGUCGUCAUUCCAGCUUGUGUGGUCGAUCGCAUCCGCACGGAGUUUCCUGAUGCUGAAGGCCACUGCGUG